CUGAGCCAUGGGUGGGGUGUUGGGAUUGUGCUCUGUCGCCAGUUGGAUACCAUGCCUAUGCAGCAGUGCGACGUGCCUGCUGUGCCGUUGCUGCCCGAAUACCGGCAACUCGACAGUGACCCGUAUUGUCUAUGCGUUUCUGAUGCUGCUUGGGGCCAUCCUUUCUUGCAUAAUGCUCUCACCAGGCAUAUCGGACCAGUUAAAGAAGGUUCCUGGAUUUUGUGAAGAUGGCUUUGGGACACAAUUACCACACGUUGAUGGAUACGUGAACUGUAACGUGCUGGUUGGAUACAAGGCCGUCUAUCGUGUCAGUUUCGCUAUGACCCUGUUUUUCCUCGCCAUGAGCAUAUUUAUGUUAGGAGUCAAGACAAGCAAAGAUCCACGUGCUGCGAUACACAAUGGGUUUUGGUUCUUUAAAGUAUUGGCUCUGGCUGGAAUUAUGGUUGGUGCUUUCUAUAUCCCAGAAGGACAUUUUACAUCCGCCUGGUUCUGGAUUGGCGUUUGUGGGGCCUGUUGUUUCAUCAUCUUCCAGUUAAUCCUGCUCGUGGAUUUUGCCCAUUCACUUAACGAGAGCUGGGUGAAUCGCAUGGAGGACGGAAACUCCAAGUGUUGGUAUGCAGUGUUACUAUCCUUUACCAUUUUAUGUUAUUCUUUAUCUAUAAUCGGCGUUGUCCUCCUCUACGUAUACUACACGAAGUCCGACGGUUGCACCGAGAACAAAUUCUUCAUCAGUUUCAACAUGAUCCUGUGUGUGAUCGUAUCUGUCAUUUCCAUCCUUCCAAAAGUGCAGGAGCAUCAGCCACGGUCUGGUCUUCUCCAGUCCUCGGUGAUUACUUUAUAUACAAUGUAUCUGACUUGGUCUUCAAUGUCCAACGAACCCGAUCGAUCUUGCAACCCAAGCUUGCUGAGCAUCAUAUCGACAAUAAACUCGCCAGCGAUCAUCCCUUCUAAUGAAACAAUACUAGAACCCACGCCUGAACCCAUCAAAGCCCUGCAGUGGUGGGAUUCUCAGAACAUCAUUGGGUUUAUCCUCUUCGUUGCCUGCCUUAUGUACUCUAGUAUCCGUAACACCACCAACAGCCAAGUGAAUAAGCUCACCCUAUCCAGCAACGAUACCGUCAUCCUGGAUGACACAACAGGAUCCAGCGAUGCAGAAGAUGGAGAAGUGAAACGCGUUAUAGACAAUGAGAAGGAUGGCGUCCAGUACAACUAUUCCCUCUUCCUUUUCAUGCUCUGCCUCUCCUCUCUGUACAUUAUGAUGACUCUGACUAAUUGGUACAGCCCAACUGCAGACACCAAAACCAUGACAAGUACAUGGCCCGCCGUGUGGUUUAAGAUCAGCUCCAGCUGGGUAUGCCUGCUUCUCUACUUCUGGACGCUGAUAGCUCCAAUUGUUCUCUCCAAUCGUGACUUCAGCUAACCACCUCAUUCCAAGAACAUCAAAUUCUGCUCAAAUACUAUUUGACUAUAAUCGAAAACCUUUAAUCGAGCCAAUGUAAAACUGUUGGCUGUUUUCUUACUUUAAACAGAUUUUGACUUCCUGUCUUUAAAGCUUGAUAAUAUAUAUACAUUGCUGCCUUUUUAUUUGCCACAGCUGAGCUGAUCUAGAGUAUUUAAGUCUAUUUCAUACUAGUAAGAAAUCACUGUUGGAUAUUUUAUAUGCCCCUUGUUCAGAUGCACUGCUUUUCUUUAAGUCAAAUUAAUGUCAUUGCUUUUGUUUUCCUACAUUUGUGUUUAUAUAUUUUUACGUUCCUGUCCUGCUACACUCAGUAUUGAUGGAUGAUAAACCUUGAGGGGAAUUUGUUUUGUAAUGCAGUGUAUUGCAGUAUUCUUGGCUACUAACACCCAAGCGUAGACUGGGACCAGUCUUUGUCCUGUCUUUAUUAAUAGUGGUCAUGUGUGGGGAAAGGUGUAGCUAGGUGCUGCCGCUGCCUAAAUAUGAAGGAAAAUAGCUGUAAAAUGUACAAGGGCAACUUUAGCACUACGAAAUAUUUUUGUUGAACAUCAACACUGUAUAAUAUAUACAAAUAAACUCAUUGUUUGGCUUUAA